UGUCUCAUCUUCCGAUCUAGUUCGUUCGCUCGUUCGCUCGUUCAUUCUCGAUCGAUAUGAAGGGGAAAACAGAUUAGGUUGGGGUUGGUUGCCCUGGAGCUUACUACUCGCUCACUCACCCAUCCGCAUCAUCCCGGCUGGCUGCGCAACCCGCCCCCAAAGAAAUAAAAAUAUACAUGGGUCAGGGAGAAGAGGUGAAGACUAGAAGUGACUCCCAAGUGGAGAUUCAGGUGCAUGCGCUAGCUAGCUAGCUCUUCUAAUUAAGAAGAAAUUGACUAAAUACGCUACAGAAUUUAUAGGCAUGCUGCGGGGUCACAUGCUUAUGCAUGCAUGAGUAAUUAAUCUGAUCGAUUAUAUUACAAUAAAUCAAAAUGUCGGUCGCUUACUAUAUGUAUGCAUGUUAAUUUCUCUCGCACGCGAUGUGGUGUUGCUUAUUUUGUGUAAUUUGUCAAGAAAGGGGAGAGAUAUUCUUCUUCUACCGGCCAAAAGUCGGGAAAGAAGAAGCCCACGGGGCGGAGGACGUGCAGAGGCUGUACAUAGUUCUGAGGCCUGAAUCCAGAGAGAGACCUGUGGAGGAGAAGCAAGCCCGAGCUCUCUCUGGCAAGGAGUCAUCAGGAGGCUCCAAAAUAAAAAAUGACAGAGAGGCAUCCAGCAGGUCAUCACCUUCUGCCGGUGGCCGUGAUCAUGAAGCUAGCGGUAAGGGUACCCAGGAGGUGAAUAUUGAGAAGCAGCCCUUGUUUCGUUUUAUAAUAAUGGGGAGGAAAAGCCUGCCCGACCCGACCAAGAGAAGCCGUCCUUACUGGGGCUUCGUGGAGAUGGUUACCACCAGCAUAGAAGAUGCGAAAACAGCCCUUAGAGGAGAGGAAUAUGAUACAGCAACGAGAGGGCAUCGGCACUCCCCCCCUGCACGAGCAGUGGGUGAAGGUAUAUACCGCAUCCUGAGACACAACACCUCUUCUGGGACCAAGAGCAGCAAGAAGGCUCAUACUCAUCUGAUUUACAGGCUCGAGUUCCCGGGCGAAGACAAUGAAAAUGGGCCACAGAGAUCGCUCAACAUUGAAAGAGAGGGCUCAUUCCUCAUACAGAUAAGGAACCCCGACCUACAUGGGGGUGAGGGCGAUGGUGGGCGGUUCAGAGGGAUACAGAACAAGCGCAAGGCAUUGUUCCCGGCGCACCUGCAGGGGCAAUUCGGGCAACUAAUGUGGGGACCAGCUGAUCCCCCAGACAUGUUGAACUAUGAGGGGUGUGAGUUCCUGCUGAUAGCAGCUUCCGACGAUUUAGAAGAGGAGCUAGGCUUGGAUCUUAAGACAGAUGCAUCCUGUUGUGAUCUGAUCUGCACGUUCGGAGAGGAUGCUUCAGCAUCCACGUCCAAUACCCUGCUUAAGGGCACGUGGGCUUAACAAAACAAUAUAAUCAAGCUGGAUCUGUUCCAUUCCUCCGGUCUUGUGUCCUUCUGAGUUGAUCAUGGGGUCCAUGUUUUUUCUUUUCCUUUUUUUGACUCUGGGUAUGAGCAGGUAUGCCUCUAGCUUUGUAGUAGUGGACAGCUAAUGUACAGCCAGUUUAAGUUUGCUGAAGGAUUGGAAACCCCGUACUGACUUGACUACUGUGUACUAGUCGGUCAGAAUGUUAUGCAAUGUAACAAUAGACGAGAUGCUAACCCUUCAGGGGUGACGUUGUCUGGCACAGCUAACUUAUAGCCUUUUCACGGACAA